AUACACAUACUACUGGCCAUGGAAUACACCUGCGACCAAAGUUCAUGGUUGGGUGAGUCACGACAGAUCACGAUUCGGUAGCGAUUCGGUCGCGGUGUGUCUCUUGACAACAUCUCAAAGUCCCUUUAUCAAUACAAAUGGCCCCAAUUGGCUCUCUCUGGGGUUUUCCUCGUCAACGCCAAACUAAAUACAUAUUAAGCGCCGCUGCUAUCGCAGGCCUCGAAGUAGAUCUCCCACCUUUCGAGUUCGGUGUCACCAACAAGUCACCUGAAUUUAUCGAUAAAUUCCCCUUUGCCAAAGUCCCUGCCUUCGAGGACAAGGAUGGAUUCACUCUUGUAGAAGGUGCCUCAAUUGCACGUUAUGUUGCAUCUCUAGCCCCUGAGUCUGGUCUUCUUGGCAGAAGCAUCAAAGAUGCUGCGCUAGUCGACCAAUGGAUCCACUUUGCGGAACACGAGAUCAACGCAUUCACCAACUUAAUAUGGAUGUUGGUGGAUCGUUUUGCCCCAGAGAAAGCCUAUAGUGAAAGCAUUCACAAGUCUGUAUUCGAACGUCAAGAGCGUUCAAUCAAGUUCCUCGAACAACACAUCGACCUCCACGAGUUCAUCGUCUGUGACGAGAUUACUCUGGCGGAUAUCGUUUUAGCUGGUGUGCUCCAACGCGCUGCUCGGAUUACCCUCGGUGCCGCUGAACGAGCACUCUACUCAAAAGUCUUCGCAUACUAUGAGAAGGUGGUAGCUGACCCUCGCAUCAAGGAUAUCUUCGGGGAAGCAGAUUUCGUUGAAGUGCCCGUAGCACCUAAGAAAGAUGAGUAGAGCCUUAUGUGGGGAGGAGGUAGAAGAACACGAGAUUGAAUUGUUUGUUUGUAUUUUGGGGGGCUCUGGGCUUCAACUGCCCUUUGUACCGUAGUCGAGUAUGACUGAUAAUUCCUGCUACACUCCCAGUUCUUGAUGUCCCGGCAAGUAAAGCUGUACCAAGUCAUCCUCUCGUUUGUCCCUCCCGAUCAAUUUCCGCGACAGUC